GGAUUUGGAGUUCCAUGGAGUGAUGAGAUUCUAUUUUCAAGAUAAAGCUGCUGGAAACUUUGCAACAAAAUGUAUUCGGGUCUCUAGUACUGCCACUACCCAAGAUGUAAUUGAAACUCUCGCAGAGAAAUUCCGACCUGACAUGCGAAUGCUGUCCUCUCCCAAGUAUUCCCUCUAUGAAGUGCAUGUCAGCGGAGAAGAAAGAAGAUUGGAUAUAGAUGAGAAACCUCUAGUUGUGCAAUUGAAUUGGAACAAAGAUGAUCGGGAGGGCAGGUUUGUUCUUAAGAAUGAGAACGAUGCCCUCCCUCCUAAGAAGGCUCAAAGUAAUGGACCCGAAAAACAAGAAAAAGAAGGUGUUAUCCAAAAUUUCAAGAGAACGCUUUCAAAGAAAGAAAAGAAGGAAAAAAAGAAGAGAGAAAAAGAGGCAUUGCGGCAGGCAUCUGAUAAAGAUGACAGACCUUUCCAAGGGGAUGACAUUGAGAAUUCCCGACUGGCUGCAGAGGUCUACAAAGACAUGCCUGAAACCAGCUUUACUCGAACAAUUUCUAAUCCUGAAGUGGUUAUGAAACGACGGAGGCAACAGAAAUUGGAAAAGAGAAUGCAGGAAUUUCGGAGUUCAGAUGGGCGGCCUGAUUCAGGUGGAACGCUGAGAAUUUAUGCAGAUAGUUUAAAACCAAAUAUUCCCUACAAGACAAUCCUGCUGUCUACUACAGAUCCUGCAGACUUCGCUGUGGCUGAGGCUUUAGAGAAAUACGGUCUGGAAAAAGAAAAUCCCAAGGAUUACUGCAUUGCUCGGGUAAGCAUUUUAGUCUUUCAGUUGAAGAGGCGGCCACCAGACUACAUCCCAAAGAAAACAAAGAAACAUCUGGAAGGGAAGCCAUUGAAGGGGAAGGAGAGAGCUGAUGCUGCUGGCUAUGGCUCUGCCCUUCCCCCCGAAAAACUGCCGUAUUUAGUGGAGUUAAGCCCAGAUGGUUCCGACUCCAGAGAUAAGCCAAAGCUUUACCGCCUUCAGUUAAGUGUGACUGAAGUUGGGACAGAAAAGUUGGAUGACACCUCUAUCCAGUUGUUUGGCCCAGGAAUUCAGCCCCAUCACUGUGACCUCACCAACAUGGAUGGAGUGGUCACCGUGACUCCUAGAAGUGUGGACGCGGAGACCUAUGUGGAGGGCCAGCGCAUCUCGGAGACCACCAUGCUGCAGAGUGGCAUGAAAGUGCAGUUUGGGGCAUCACAUGUGUUUAAGUUCGUGGACCCCAGCCAGGAUCAUGCUCUUGCAAAAAGAUCUGUGGAUGGAGGCCUGAUGGUGAAGGGCCCGAGACAUAAACCUGGAAUUGUUCAGGAGACAACUUUUGAUUUAGGAGGAGAUAUUCAUAGUGGGACAGCACUGCCAACAAGCAAGAGCACCACCAGACUGGACAGCGACAGAGUAUCGUCAGCCUCCAGCACAGCCGAGCGGGGAAUGGUGAAGCCAAUGAUCAGAGUAGAGCAGCAGCCAGACUACCGCAGGCAAGAAAGCAGAACGCAGGAUGCUUCUGGGCCUGAACUGAUACUGCCUGCAAGCAUUGAAUUCAGGGAAAGUUCUGAAGAUUCAUUUUUAUCUGCCAUUAUAAAUUAUACUAAUAGCUCGACAGUCCAUUUUAAGUUGUCCCCUACAUAUGUAUUAUAUAUGGCAUGCCGGUAUGUAUUGUCCAGCCAGUACAGACCUGAUAUCAGUCCUACAGAACGCACUCACAAGGUCAUUGCCGUGGUCAACAAGAUGGUGAGCAUGAUGGAAGGAGUCAUCCAGAAACAGAAGAAUAUUGCAGGGGCACUUGCCUUCUGGAUGGCAAAUGCAUCUGAACUUCUCAACUUCAUUAAGCAGGACCGAGACCUUAGUCGAAUCACAUUGGAUGCCCAAGAUGUUUUAGCACACUUGGUUCAAAUGGCAUUUAAAUACUUGGUUCACUGUCUUCAAUCAGAACUUAAUAAUUACAUGCCAGCCUUUCUAGAUGACCCUGAAGAGAACAGUCUGCAAAGACCAAAAAUAGAUGAUGUGCUGCACACACUCACGGGAGCCAUGUCCUUGCUGCGACGCUGCAGAGUCAAUGCUGCCCUGACCAUCCAGCUCUUCUCUCAGUUGUUCCACUUCAUCAAUAUGUGGCUGUUCAACAGAUUGGUGACUGACCCAGAUUCAGGGCUGUGUUCCCAUUACUGGGGAGCAAUUAUCCGCCAGCAGUUGGGACACAUUGAAGCGUGGGCAGAGAAGCAGGGCCUGGAGCUGGCCGCCGAUUGUCAUCUGAGCAGGAUUGUGCAGGCAACCACUUUGCUCACUAUGGAUAAGUAUGCACCCGAUGACAUUCCAAAUAUAAACAGCACCUGCUUUAAGUUAAAUUCAUUGCAACUUCAAGCCUUAUUACAGAAUUAUCACUGUGCACCUGAUGAGCCUUUUAUCCCGACGGAUCUCAUAGAAAACGCAGUGGCUGUGGCUGAGAACACUGCAGACGAGCUGGCCCGCAGCGACGGGAGGGAAGUGCAGCUGGAGGAGGACCCUGACCUGCAGCUGCCUUUUCUUUUGCCAGAAGAUGGCUAUUCUUGUGAUGUUGUCAGAAACAUUCCAAAUGGUUUACAAGAAUUUUUAGACCCUCUGUGCCAGAGAGGAUUUUGCAGGUUAAUUCCUCACACACGUUCACCAGGUACUUGGACAAUAUAUUUUGAAGGUGCAGAUUAUGAAAGUCACUUUCUGCGUGAGAACACAGAACUGGCACAACCUCUUAGGAAAGAACCUGAAAUAAUCACGGUGACCCUGAAAAAACAGAAUGGAAUGGGCCUCAGCAUUGUUGCAGCCAAGGGUGCUGGUCAGGAUAAACUGGGAAUCUAUGUCAAGUCUGUUGUGAAAGGAGGCGCUGCGGAUGUGGAUGGACGACUAGCUGCAGGCGAUCAGCUCCUCAGUGUGGAUGGACGAAGUCUGGUUGGACUCUCUCAGGAAAGGGCAGCAGAACUCAUGACAAGAACCAGCUCGGUAGUGACACUCGAAGUCGCAAAGCAAGGUGCCAUCUACCACGGCCUGGCUACCCUCCUCAACCAGCCAUCCCCCAUGAUGCAGAGAAUUUCAGAUCGUCGUGGCUCAGGUAAACCCCGACCAAAGAGUGAAGGUUUUGAGCUGUAUAAUAAUUCAGCUCAAAAUGGUUCUCCUGAGAGUCCUCAGCUACCCUGGGCAGAGUACAGUGAACCAAAGAAACUGCCUGGUGAUGACAGACUAAUGAAGAACAGAGCUGAUCACCGCUCUAGCCCCAAUGUGGCAAAUCAGCCUCCCAGUCCUGGAGGAAAAAGUUCAUAUGCUUCAGGAACAACAGCAAAGAUAACGUCUGUCUCCACUGGAAACCUCUGCACUGAGGAGCAGACUCCUCCACCUAGACCUGAAGCCUACCCCAUCCCCACUCAGACAUACACCAGAGAGUAUUUUACCUUCCCAGCUUCCAAGUCCCAGGACCGGAUGGCUCCUCCUCAGAACCAGUGGCCAAAUUAUGAGGAAAAGCCACACAUGCACACAGACAGUAACCAUUCCAGCGCUGCCAUUCAGCGUGUUACCCGUUCCCAGGAAGAACUUCGAGAAGACACAGCUUACCAACUCGAGCGGCAUCGGAUCGAGCCCGCGAUGGACCGCAAGUCCGACAGCGACAUGUGGAUAAACCAGAGCUCCUCGCUGGACUCCAGCACCUCCAGCCAGGAGCACCUGAACCACUCGUCCAAGUCGGUCACGCCUGCGUCCACGCUGACCAAAAGCGGCCCUGGCAGGUGGAAAACCCCGGCCGCCGUUCCGCCCACUGCAGUGGCCGCCUCCCAGCCCGUGCGGACAGACCUGCCGCCACCGCCGCCACCGCCCCCCGCGCACUACGCGGGUGACCUGGACGGAGCACCCCUGGAUUUGCCGCUGCCGCCCCCGCCUGCCAGCCAGCUGGGGCCGCAGUGCGCGCCGGCAGAGCGGAGGCGGCGAGAGGAGCACCAGCGCUGGUACGAGAAGGAGAAGGCCCGCCUGGAGGAGGAGCGCGAGAGGAAGCGGCGCGAGCAGGAGCGCAAGCUGGGCCAGAUGCGCUCGCAAGCGCUGCCCGCCCUGGCCGCGCCGCCUGCGAGGCCUGAGAAGCCCGCCGCGCUCCCGAGGCCGCAGGACACGGUCAUCCGGGAGCUGCAGCCCCAGCAGCAGCCCCGCACCAUCGAGCGCAGGGACUUGCAGUACAUCACGGUCAGCAGGGAAGAGCUGUCCUCGGGAGACAGCCUGUCUCCUGACCCCUGGAAGCGCGACGCCAGGGAGAAGCUGGAGAAGCAGCAGCAGAUGCACAUCGUGGACAUGCUGAGCAAGGAGAUCCAGGAGCUGCAGAGCAAGCCGGACCGAAGCGCCGAGGAGAGCGACCGCCUGCGGAAGCUCAUGCUGGAGUGGCAGUUCCAAAAGAGGCUCCAGGAGUCGAAGCAGAAGGACGAGGACGACGAGGAAGAGGAGGACGACGACGUGGACACCAUGCUGAUCAUGCAGCGCCUGGAGGCUGAGCGAAGAGCCAGGGAUGAGGAGCGGAGGCGCCAGCAGCAGCUAGAAGAGAUGCGUAAACGGGAAGCAGAGGACCGCACGAGGCAGGAAGAAGAGCGGCGGCGUCAGGAGGAGGAGCGAAUAAAGCGAGACGCUGAAGAAAAGAGGCGACAGGAAGAAGGGUAUUACAGCCGCCUGGAGGCCGAGAGGCGCAGACAGCACGACGAAGCUGCGCGCAGGUUGCUGGAGCCCGAGGAGCCCGCUCUGUGCCGCCCUCCACUUCCUCGGGACUACGAGCCCCCGUCCCCGUCCCCUGUGCCCAGCGCCCCUCCUCCCCCGCCUCAGCGAAACGCCUCCUACCUCAAAACCCAGGUCCUCUCCCCCGACUCGCUGUUCACUGCCAAGUUUGUUGCGUACAAUGAGGAGGAGGAGGAGGAGGAGGACUGCAGCCUAGCAGGACCCAACUCUUACAUGGGAUCUGCCGGAACAGUUAUUGGAGCCCACGAUGCUCCCUGGGACCCGAGAGAGAAGCGCUCUAAAAGCCAAGAGGCAGAUUUACCUGGAAGUUCUGGAGCCCCUGAAAACUUGACAUUCAGAGAGCGCCAACGUCUUUUUUCACAAGGUCAAGAUGUGUCCAAUAAAGUAAAAGCUUCUCGUAAAUUAACAGAACUGGAAAAUGAACUGAACACAAAAUGAAAAACGGGAGAAGGGCACCUUGUAUUUACCCCAAAAUUCUCUCAGUUGUGGGUUUUAGGUGUGAGUUUGAAGAGGAAAGAAGGGGGAGGUUAUAUUGCUGAGUGAUUAAUAAUUUCUGUUUUUAAAAUGGUUGGGAUUUAGAGAUGUUUCAAUUCCAAGGAAUUUUAUUUUACUUUACCAAGAGAUUGUCAUUUAUGUAAUUUAAACACUGUUUAAUUUCUUAAUUAUCUGACUCACAUGAAGAUAACUUUUUUGUUAGUUUCAUUUUUGGAGUCUUGGGUUCAAAGGGGAUAGAAUGAGUGGCAGGAGGAGAUAAUGGGAUGUGUCUUCUCUCUCAUCUUCCCCCAUAAUCAACCUAGGAGCACAAAGAAGUUCUAUUUCUCUUCUUUUUCAAAAACCAAUUUAGUCAUCAAACAGAAUAGCUCGAACUACUCUGACUGUUGUUUGCACUAUUUAGCAGCGACUACACACUGUUGUACAGAAGAGAGAACACAUGAAGGUAUGGUCUCCACGUCACCUAAUCCGGUCUGCUCGUAAGAUGUCCUUUUAGUCUGCCUUGUGCAGCAGUCCAGAUGGCAGCUUCCUGUAAGUAAGAUGAUGCACACUUGAGACUGUUCUGUCUCAUUCCAUACAAGUCUAAGCCCUCCUGAUCAAUUCUAAAUAUUUGAUUUAAAAAAAAUUCUGAAGAAAAUUUUAAGAAUUUAAGCUUAGGUGAUUUUAUUUUUAUAAAUACCAGAUUAUUGUUAGACUUAAUUAAAUCAUUGGUGGAUUUAAAGAUGACAGCUAUGUUAGAAAAUUAACUAAUAGUUUAGAUAUUUCAAGGGCUCUCUGAAAGAGGAUGUCUCUGGCUGAACAGUGUUCGUGUGACUAGGAACAAAAGUAUCUGAGGACAGGACGUUGGUGGAGACACUCAAGCACAGCUAUCACUCAGAUUCCAGAUUUGUAGGAAAUUUGCACUGAUGGGCUAGCACACACAGGGAAAGGGAGAGGUUCAAUUACAUAUGGCAUCUGUAAUUUAAAUAUUGUAAGAAUAACUCUUAUGGCAGUUCGGGCUAUUUUUUUAUAGUAUAAUAGAGUUAUUUAAUUUUGAUUUGUAUAAUUUUUAGUUACCACUGUCGUUUCUUCAGCUAUGGACCUAUGGUUGGUGUUGGGGAGAUGGGCCUCUGUCUUACACUGUGUGAUGUGAAGAUGAUAAAUUACUUGUGACUGUAAGGAGAUUUUCUAUUUGAUACAGCCCUGUGCUGCGGUCCAGGAUGUUUUUGUUCUCCUACAAAUAUGUAUGUUAGGAAAAUACGCACACUUUCAAAGAGAAGAAUAGAGGCUUUUGCUGCCUUAGAAAUCACUUUUAAUAAGAGUUGUAUGAUUAAUCAUUAAAAAUGCGAGUGUAAAUAUUUUUGUGUGUCUAUCAGGGUUCUUAUUUGAAAGUGUGCUUUUACCACUACCCUUGUUUCAAUAAGAGAGUGCAGUGGCCCUGCGUGUGUAUGAAGGAUUUGCUUGUUUGCUCCAGAGGUUCUAGGAAAAGCAGGCUCCUCCCAGGUAUUUCGAGAGCACUGGCAGCCUUAAGGUGACGAAAUCCACACUUUCCCUAAGGAAAAGAGAUGCAAAUGAAUUACUUCUCUGUUAAUAUAUAGAAAAACAAAUACACAUAAGUACAUACAAAUACAUGUAAAUAUCUACAUACAGGGAUAUUUGUAUGUGUGGUUGUAAAACCCCUAAACAAGUGGAUUUGGCCAUCUUUGGACAGUGAGGUCAAAUGUGAAUAUAUGUAAAAGUGCUUUUCAUAACUCUGCAUUACUAUGGAAAAAACAUCAAAACUGCUGUAGUUUUCCAUUUCUACUGUAUUUGAGUUGCAACCUAUUUUUAAUAAACUUUGUAUGUAUUUAAGUGUAUUUGCUAUUAUUUUGAAAGUGCUGACAAAGUUUAUAUUUGUAACAUCAGCCUUCCUCUCCCCUGUCUUUUUUCAUCUGUUCAUUCAUUCAUUAAACAUUUCCUGAGUAU